AUGAAGGCUAUAUUUUCAUGGUUUGUUAUACUCCUGGGCGCUGCCGAGGCACAGCAGCUGUAUAUCACAACGACUGGCUAUCCUGAUCGUCCACAAUGCACGCAGCCAGCUUCCUCCCCGGAGUACUGCUUUCACCCGUUCUCGUAUACUCUAAAUAAGACAGUUUGCGACUUCUGUACCGAGGCCCACGACCACGCAUACUUAUGGCCUAAUUAUGCUCAUGCCGUGAAACAUCUCAGCCCCAUUCCAGCAACGACAACAUGGGGCAAUUGGUUGCUUAAUCAGACCGUCAUCACGGCCAGAGACACCACAGACCCUUAUGGACAAGCCGCCUGGUCAAGGCUGUGGCAGCAGGCCAGCAUCGAGAACUAUACGACGACCGGUCUGUACUCGACGACCGUCAGUCCGACGCCGGUGCCGAGCAGUUCACUGGUCCUGCCGCCGGCCAACUACUUUGGCCCGACGGACUGCUAUAGCUUUCCUGAUGACUUCGUAUUUGGAGUCGCAGGUAGUGCUGCGCAGGUCGAGGGUGCAGUGGGCUUGGAGGGCCGCAGUCCGACUAUCCUAGAGAAACUAGGCAACACGACGCAGCCAAAGGACUACGUGACGAACGAGAACUACUACUUGUACAAGCAGGAUAUCCAACGUCUGGCGGCCAUAGGCGUCAAGUACUACAGCUUCUCCAAUCCGUGGACGCGCAUCCUCCCUUUUGUUCUACCCGGGACCCCAGUAAACGAGCAAGGCAUCAAGCACUAUGAUGAUCUGAUCAAUACUGUUCUAGACGCUGGCAUGCUGCCCAUCGUAACCCUUCUUCAUUUUGACAGCCCCUUGAUGUUCGUCGACGGCGGCAACUUAGCCAAACCAGAUAUUGGCUACAGCAACGGAGGCUACCAAAACGAGACAUUUGUCGACGCCUUUGUCAACUACGCCAAAAUCGUCCUUACGCAUUUCGCCGACCGAGUCCCCAUCUGGGUUACAUUCAACGAGCCCCUCCUGUACUCAUUCAAUUUCAAAGGCGCCGAUAACGUCGUGCGCGCGCACGCGCAAGUAUACCACUUCUACCACGACGUCCUAAAAGCAACCGGCAAGAUGGGCAUCAAGUUCAACGACAACUUCGGCGUGCCUCGCGACCCGCGUAACGCCAGCGACGUGCAAGCCGCGAUCCGCUUCCAGGAAAUGCAGCUGGGCCUCUUCGCGAACCCGAUCUUCCUCGGGAAGCAGUACCCGGAUUCCAUCCUGGAGACCCUCCCCGGUGCCAAACCGCUCAGCGAGCAGGACCUGUCCUAUAUCGCGAACACGUCUGAUUUCUUCGGCAUCGAUCCAUACACUGCGACUGUGGUCUCCCCAACCCCGGAAGGGGUUGAAGCGUGCGCAGCCAACUCCUCCAGCAAGCUGUUCCCGUAUUGCGUGGUGCAGGAAACGAAGACCAGAUACGGGUGGAACAUUGGCUACCGCUCGCAGAGCUACGUGUACAUCACCCCAACCUACCUGCGGGAGUACCUCAACUAUCUGUGGAACACGUUCCGCAGCCCGGUCUUCGUGUCGGAGUUUGGGUUCCCUGUUUUCGGGGAAGCCGAGAAGAGCGACCUGUCAGAUCAGCUAUUUGAUACCCCGCGGAGUAUUUACCAUCUUUCAUUCAUGUUGGAGAUUCUCAAUGCAAUUCAUGAAGACGGGGUGCGGGUUAUGGGGGCGUUGGCCUGGUCGUGGGCGGACAAUUGGGAGUUUGGAGACUAUAAACAGCAGUUUGGGCUGCAGGUGGUUAAUCGGACGACGCAGGAGCGGUAUUACAAGAAGAGUUUCUUUGAUUUGGUGGAUUUUGUGUCGUCCAGGAUGGCCAAGUGA